GGAGAUUCCACCCCUGGUUACUUUCCCAGGUAGGAGUGCUGGAGUCUUCCUGUUUAGUUGCCGCUGUGUGGCCGGCCGCGCUCUUUUUGCUGCGGGCGGGAGAUCAGGAAAGGAAGGGAGAGGCGCUCCGGAGUCUGGGGCGGACGAUGGCUGCGACCUCGUGGCUCCUUCUCCUCUCGCUCGGUUGCUUCCUUAUUUGACAGUUAACUGCGACCGGGUUGGUUUGAUCCGUUGGCGUUGACGCCCUCUUCGACCGGCGACACGCUUAAAGCCAGGGCUACUGCUGCUGCUGCUGCUGCUGUGAGCGGUGGAUCUUGAGCGGGCAAACCCGGGAGAGGAUCAAAAAGCGAGGAGGAGAGCGAGUCAGCCAGAACGGCUUCGCCUCGCCGUCUCCGGACCGCCGCCGUUCACGCGGGCAAAAAGGGAGAAAUUCACUUUCUCCCGGGCGUCGGAAAGUAUCGGGAAGUGCCGGAGCUCGGUAGACUAAUACCUUCUGAUCCAAGAUGGCAGACAGUGAUAAAAAUGGAAGCAGCCGUUCUAGCACCAGCAGCAGUCGACUUCAGAGCAAGAAGCCCCCCAACCUCUCUAUCAUGAUCCCACCAGUGAAGUCUGAAGAGGAAAGCAGCCAAACAGUGCUUCUGAAAAAAAAUCCAGCUCUCCAAAAAAGCGUGAGCCUCCAAGAAUCGAGAUUGAAGAGAGGGGACAGCAACUUUGAAAGACAUCCCGCCUUGCAUAGGCAAACCUCAUUGUCCCAGAGCAUUCGCAAAGGAACAGCUCAGUGGUUUGGCGUCAGCAAUGACUGGGAUGGAAAGCAGCAGAGUUGGCAGCUCAAGAGCCUUCAGCACUGCAGCCUGCGCUAUGGAAAACUUAAACCUGCCUACAAGGAAAUAGAAGUGAACAGCCAGGAGGUGCCUUCUUUCCAAGGCACAGAAUCUCCAAAGCCGACAAAAAUGCCCAAGAUUGUAGACCCUUUGGCCCGAGGCCGUCCCUUCAGGCAUCCAGAUGAAGUGGAUCGUCCACGAACCCCACAUCCUGUCCUUCCCCCUCUGACUCCUGGCGUUGUGUCCUUAGCAUCAUUAGGUAGUGCACGGUCAGGCUACGCCCGCCUGCCCCGCCGGAAAAGGGAAUCCGUGGCCCAUAUGAGCUUUAAGGCAGCUGCAGCAAUUAUCAGAGGGCGUUCCGUUCUGGAUCCUUCAGUGCAAAAACGCAAAGGCAACAAACGGAGCUUUAUGUAUCCUAGCUUCAUGGACGAUGAUGUGGUGGAUGGCAUGGAUACACUUGACUCUUCCUUCUUCAGUAAGGUUGACGCACAUGAGGAGAUGUGCUCCAUGCAAGAUGAUGUAUUUGAAUCCCCACCUCUCUCUGCUGGUUACCGUGGGCUUCCCUUACAAGAAGACGGCAAGUCACCCGAGGCCGACCAACCUUUCCAGCCUGGGGGAGCUGUUGCCCUCAAAAGCUUCUCAAAAACAGCUUCUGCUCCCAAGAGGGGCACUCGCAUUGCUUCCAGGGUGAAGCACUUUGCCCUUGACCGCAAGAAGCGCUACUAUGGGUUGGGAAUGGUGGGCAACUGGCUGAACAGAACGUAUCGUCGGAGCGUCAGCAGUGUGGUACGGUCGCAGCUGGAGAUCACAGAGAGCCACAGGCCUUAUUUUACAUACUGGAUCACAUUUGUCCACAUCAUCAUCACUCUACUUAUCAUUUGCACUUACGGAUUUGCUCCAAUCGGCUUUGCUCAGCAUGCGAAAACAGAAUUAGUACUACGAAACAAAGGCGUGUAUGAAAGUGUGAAAUACAGCCAACAGGAGAAUUUCUGGAUUGGCCCGAGUUCGAUUGACUUGAUCCAUCUGGGAGCCAAGUUCUCCCCCUGUAUCCGGAAGGACCAACAGAUUGAGAAACUGAUUCAGAAAGAAAGGGAGAAAGAACGUCACUCUGGCUGCUGUGUCCAGAAUGAUAACUCGGGUUGUAUUCAGACUCUGCGUGAGGAUUGCUCGGAAACAUUGGCCACGUUCGUAAAGUGGCCAGACCAUAAUCCACCAGCUGUUGACCCCAGCAAUACAAGUUGGAGAAGGAUAUCAGGAGCCGUUUGUUCUCAGGAUCCCAGGACCUGUGAGGAACCAGCUUCAAAUCCACCUCAUGUCUGGCCAGAUGACAUCACCAAGUGGCCAAUAUGUACUGAUCAGGUCAAAAGUAACCACACUGGUUUCUUGCAUAUGGACUGUGAUAUUAAAGGAAGGCCAUGCUGCACUGGAACCAAAGGCAGCUGUGAGAUCACAACUCGGGAGUAUUGUGAGUUCAAGCAUGGCCACUUCCAUGAAGAAGCAACUCUUUGUUCACAGGUUCACUGCAUGGGGGAGGUGUGUGGCCUCUUACCUUUUCUUAACCCAGAGGUUCCAGAUCAGUUUUACAGGCUCUGGUUGUCUUUAUUUCUUCAUGCAGGGAUUAUCCAUUGUCUGGUGUCUGUGAUCUUCCAGAUGACGGUGCUCAGAGAUUUGGAAAAGCUGGCAGGCUGGCUUCGUAUUACUAUCAUUUUUAUCCUCAGUGGCAUCACGGGAAAUUUGGCUAGUGCCAUUUUCCUACCCUACAGGGCAGAGGUGGGCCCAGCAGGAUCCCAGUUUGGCUUGUUAGCCUGCCUUUUUGUGGAGCUGUUCCAAAGCUGGCAAGUCCUAGAGAAUCCCUGGAAGGCUUUUUUUAAUCUUUCUGGGAUUGUCCUUUUUCUCUUUGCCUGUGGCCUUCUGCCAUGGAUCGACAAUAUUGCACAUAUAUUUGGUUUCCUCAGUGGCCUAUUACUUUCUUUUGCCUUCCUGCCCUAUAUCACUUUUGGUACUGCAGACAAAUAUCGCAAACGGGUGAUGAUCAUUGUCUCCUUACUGAUCUUCGUUGGUUUGUUUGCAUCUCUUGUGAUCUGGCUGUAUGUGUAUCCCAUUAAUUGGCACUGGACUGAAUAUCUAACCUGCUUGCCUUUCACAACCAAGUUUUGUGAGAAGUAUGACUUGGACCAGACCUUGCACCAAUGAAGCAUUAAGUGGAUUUAGUAGAAAGGAUUUUGAGGAACAAGGACAGAGGCAGCUAUGCCUGUAUAAAGCAGAACAUCUUCAUUUCCAGUUUCCUAUUUGGAAUUUUUAAGUAUCAUUCAUGAAACAGCAUGCACCAAGAGCUGAAACUGAGCAAGUGGGUAGUCCCUGCCAUCUUUUGUGAGGUAAAAUAUAACUAGGUGAAAUUCUAUGGCAAUCCUAAACAUCAAUUAACCAUUACCAGGAGGGUUACGAGUAUAAAUCAGGGGUUGUUAUCAAAACAUUUCCCACUUAUGUGCCUUGCAUCAGAAGGCAGUCUGUAAAGCUUUGUUCCCGAGAUCCCUCCCAGACAUGAGCUCAGCCUUCGAGGUCAAGUUUCUUUUGAGGAACUGGCAAAGAAUCCAAAGACGUCCUUCAUCCGUGGGGCCGAUUGGGCAUUUGUGAGAUGAACAAUGACUUUCAGCCAGACAAUGACUUUCAAAGACUAUUAGCUAUGGACAUCCUGUUAAAUUGCUUCCAUUGACGAUCUGCCAGUUUCUAUGUUUUCCUACUUGAAAUCCCUCCUUUUUAUGCAAAUCCUGGUUUGGGGUUCCUUUCCUAGUGCCUUUUGGCGCAAUAUGGUGCUUGAACCUUGUGGCAGUCCUCCCUGCCUUAGUGCCUUUUUAUGGUACUAGGAAGUGUACUGUGAAAAUAAACCCCAUCUUUUUGUACAAGGGGCAUUUUUAUAUGCAGAUUCUUGUUUUACGUUCACAUUCUCUGUACGUCACUAGGGUCAAAUACUUUUUGACCAAGAACAUUGCUUUUAAAGGCACCUUGUCCUCAGUAAGAAAUGUGGGUAAUUAUUCCAAUAUUUACAUUGGGUUGAUAACACAGCAACCUGGAAUUUCUUUUAAAGAACACUUGAAGUAUAACCUCUUUCUAAAAGGAAAGGAAGGUAAUCAGAUUCUCUAGUGACAAAAUGAGAAAGUGUAAACAAAUAUUUUUGGUAUAAAUUAAAUUCUAUGAGAGGUGUAUAUAUAUACACACACACAUAUAUAUAAUGUUUUUGUGCAUAUGUAUUUCUAACCAUCAAUUAGAAAUAUUGAAGCUGGAGGUUCAUCUUCCCGGAGAACAUGCUGUAGCUACAUAGCACGGUUAAUUUAAAAUUCUGUCUCAUUGUUUUGCCCUGAGCAACAAAACAUUCCAAAAUCUUACCGUGCUCUAAGUAGUAAUUUAUUAGAGCCUUUAAUUGAGAAUAUUUUUCUAUAAUUAUUGUUGCUAAUGUGUAAAUAUUAGACUGUUCCUCUGAUGAAACUGAACAAUGUGUCCCAGUUGACACUGUUUAUCUACUUUUCAUUAAAAAUAGUUUUGGUAAUCAUUUCUUUGCAUCCAAAGUAUAUUAAUUUUAAUGCUUAACCGCUUUAUCCCACUUGCUCCCAAAAUUGGUUAAAGCUUGCCAUUCCUCUAGCACUGCACUUCUGUUCCUUCCAAAUCUUUGAUUGACAAGUAUAUGCGCAAAAGUGCCAUGACAAUAUAUGUCUCGCAAAGCCUUGUGGCUGCCUUUCAGGAUCUACUGUCUUGACUAAUAAUUUUUUGAAGUGUUCUUACUCUUGGAAUCUUGUUCAUUAUCUGUAUUGUGUACCUGUGGAGUGACCCGAGUAAUGGAAGUUAAUUCAUUUUUUGCCAUCACCUCCAAUCACAAUCUCAACCUGGCUGUAUUAUAUAAAAUAACUUCCCAGUAUCAUAGUCUGAUUGAUUGCAUCAUUGUAUAGGAACAGGGAAAAAGACCAAGACCAGGAAAAAAAGACAUUUAUUGCUGAUCUGACAAGUGGUAAAUGGCACACGCAAUAACAUUUGGAGAAUGCUUCCUUAUUCAGUGGCAAGAACUUUUAACAUUUUCUUAUGCACCAGGCUGACCAAGUAAUGAAUUCAAAUGUGCAACUACUUCCUUAUAAUUAGUCAUUGAUUACACACAAUGGGCUAUAAAUUUAUAGUUCUCAACAGUUUCCUUGUAGCUAAUAUCAUUGAAUUUAGCAGUGCUUACUUUGAGUAGAUAGGCUUAUACUGCCUUAGUAAGGAGUCUUUUCCCGGUCCCAU